CUAUAUACAUGUACAUGUACAGGAUCUUUGCUAUGCAUGCUAGUGUUAUCCGAAACUGAAAAUCGCGAUCGCUACACCUGUACACCGAUACCUCUAACUUCUUCUAAGCGAACAGCUCGUCUUUCGAUAUGCCUCUGAAAGUGCUGAUUCUUGGUGGAGGAAAUGGUGCCCAUGUGCACGCAGGUAUUGCGGCCAGCAACCCUGAAAAUGAGGUUCGUGUGAUGACCUUAUUCCAAGACGAGGCUGAACGCUGGAGUAAAGCCCUUGAAAGCUCAGACCUUGUGCUCGACUACACGGACAAGGAUGGGAAAGAGAAGCAGUUUGUUUCAAAACCUGGGUUGAUCACUAAGGACCCCAAAUUAGCUGUUCCGGGAAGUGACAUCAUCGUGUUUGUUGUUCCUGCUUUUGCACAUGCGCAGUACUGGGAAGCAUUGAAGCCUCAUAUGGAGCCAGGCAUGGUUGUCAUAGGAAUGCCUGGUGCAGCUGGCUGGGAGUUCCAAGCUUAUGAUAUUUUAGGGGACAAGGCCAAGGGGAUCACAUUCUUUAACUUCAACACUCUUCCAUGGAACUGUCGUAUAACGGAGUUUGGGAAGAGGGUUGGCAUCGUUGGCUUCAAGGAUUAUUUCGUGGGAGCCAUCAGGAAAGGCAGUGUGGAACCAAAGGUUGACCCAUUGAAAGCCAUCCAGCAAUCUCUUGGCCCCCGCCCAGUAUGCACAGCCUACGGUGACCUUCUAGGAAUGACCUUAACCUACACCAAUGCUUUUAUUCAUCCUUCCAUCAUGUAUGGGAGAUGGCAUGACUGGGACGGUAAGCCGGUGAGCGAGUCCCCUCUCUUCUAUCAGGGCCUGGACCAAGCGUCCGCGGACCUGCUCUCGGGGGUCAGCAGUGAGAUUGUAGCCAUUGCCAAGACCAUCUCCGCCAAGAAAGCUGGUAUCGACUUGUCCAAUGCCAAACAUAUCUCUGAUAUCAUGUUAGAGUUUUACCCUGAAGACAUCAAGGACAAGAGCUCAUUCCUAAGGAUGAUGCAGAGCAACAAAGCGUUCGAAGGCUUGCGUCACCCCGUCAUCAACAAUGAAGGUGGCGGUGUGAGCCCUGACUUCAAGGCCCGUUACAUUUGGGAGGACGUUCCAUUUGGCCUGGUUGUACAGCGGGGUAUCGCUGAAAUCGUUGGCGUUCCUACCCCGAAUAUCGACAAAAUCAUCACAUGGGGACAGGGCUUAAUGGGUAAAGAGUUCCUAGUCGAUGGUAAAAUCAAAGGGAAGGAUAUUGGAAUGACACGAGCUCCACAGAGGUACGGGUUCACUACUUUGGAUGCUGUGUUGGGUGCAGCUUAAAUAGGUCAUCAUAUUGAACUAAAGUGAUAUCGAUUGCACAUUACAAUCGUCGUUUGCACCAACAUACAAUGUAAGAAGCCAUACAUAUAUUAUGUAUUUAGGCAUGAUGCCAUACAUGGAUUGUUCAAUACCAUAGUGUACGUUUACUGGUGUGCCUAUAGGGAGCUCAGGCCAAACGUUGAUCGGGGUACCAGAUAAGACAUUUUUUAAAUACAUCUCUAGCCUUUGCUUUUUAUACAUUCACAUUAUUAAAUAGAUAUAUAUUUACCACAAGUAUAUAUGCAUAUACAGGGUGUAUCCAAAAAUAAUGGGUUAAUAUGCAAAAGUUAUGAACUUAAAAACUGUCAAAGUGGCUCCAUCUUAAAGGACACUUCAUUAGCUUUCAAUUGAUAUCUUAAUUACACCUGUUCAGACACAGAUGACCGAGUACCAUUGAUUGCAAAACAAAGGCCAAUAAAAGAGUUAAGCUGUCGGAUGAAUGCGCUGUCACUGUGGACUGUGAGUCAAAAGGGAUAUGUAAGAUGUUGGUGCUAAAAUGGUACAUAAUAAUGUUGUCCGUGAAUGUUUGAUCAUUCCAGAGAUUUUGUUAAUCAUCACAAAGCCAAACACCUACUUUUUCCAAGCUAACCUGAUUCAGUGGCGAAUUGAGCUGUCAAAUAAAGUGCGCAGUCGCACUGUGUUGAAUGGGAGGAGAAAGACAUGUUGAAAAUGUUUGAGC